ACCGAUCGCUAGACAACGGAUUGCAUACGGGCGCGUGCGUGCGACACUCAAACGGCAACAAGCGUCAAACCCCGAACAGCAACAACAAGGUUAGCGGGUCAAGUGCGGGUACUGGCGACGACGACGACGACGACGUACGGUGUGACAAAUUGCGCGGCUUGUUUGCGUUGUGGAGAAAGUGCUAAGUGAUGGGAGCGUUCGAGAGCGGGUUGGGUCUGUUGGGUUGGGUAGCGUUCGGAAUGGUUCUGCUGCUAGCUGGAAGAGGCUGUCAUGCACAAGACUUCAAAGGCGCGAUAGAUCACUGCACGAAAGACUUCGAGAUGGAUAUGGACAUUGUGGUGUCGCUUAAGUACGGUGACUUUACUGAGCGGGAUCCACUGAUUGAGUGCUUUACCGAGUGUCUGAUGAAGAAGUCAGGCUUCAUGUACGACGACUACACCUACAACAAAACGCUGAUUAUUGGUUUCGCCGGUCGGUACCUAGAACCGGAGGGGGCCCAGGCAGUGUACGAUAACUGCAUCGAUCGGUUCGGCCAAACGGUGUGCGUGACGGGGUUCGAGAUGUACCAGUGCAUCCACGAAACGGCCGUUUCGGAGUGGGUCUCGAGCAACUUCUAGACUGACCGUAACGCGAACCGGAAGAUCACGGCCAUGGUCAAUGUUCCGCCUGCCAGUGUGCGCUGUGCUCGAGUGGCUGCACCGCCACUGGACGCAUCUGAUUACCGUGUGCGUGUGUGUAUAGUAAUGGCUUGUCGUGUUGCUGUUUUUUUUUUUGUAGCUUAAGACCUGAGUUCGCACACCAUUGUGCCGCAUCUUGACCUCCCCCCGCUAGCUUUAAGUGCAACGUGAAACCAAAAAAGAAUGACUUUUGACUAUUUCAACGUUAAAUAAAGACGGAUCAUCGCCGUCCUGAA